AUGUCCAUUGAUGAGCCAUCCUUUGGAUCUGAGCCCGGUGAGCUGGCUGACACUCACUGGCCUCCUCACUCACAGCAAGGGUGGUCUGGCCAUUCCUCUAGAGGACGAGGAGGGCGUACUCAUCCUCCUCGCCAGCGGGAGCCUAACUCUGACGCUCUGAGCGCUUUCACGCAUGUUUUCCAUGCUGAGGCGCAAGCCAGUAAGCCCACUCAAAGAGCUACUGCUCACCCUCCUGCUUACCAUGGUCGUCUUGCCUUUGCAGAAGAGCUCGCGACCCAUAAGGAGGCCCAUGCCUUUGAUCAGCUCGUCUGUGCUGAACAGUCUCAGGAUGCUGCCCCCUAUCGGCCAUGUGGUCGAAACUUGACCCUUGACCAUCGUGGUCACCCGCGUGGUCAGCCAUUUGCUCUCAACCGGGCUCAGAUAAUCGCUGAUGCCACUAAUAACGCUGCCACGCUCCUUGCUACUGCUCCUGCACCUGCCGUUCUGGUCCCUGACCCCGGGCCAGACGUCUCAGAGAUCAUCGCGGCUGCAGAACAGCUGGACCUAGAACAGACCGUCAACAUGCCUGACAUCACCCACGAAGAUGUCUUCGGUAGAGUUGUCUCUGUUGGGUUGUUAGUCACCAAUGUGCUCACCCUCGCCAUCCUCUUAGCUGCAUUCGCUUCUGUGACCCGGUCCUAA